GCUACGACCAUGUUUCCUGCGCUUCCGACGCCGGCAAGGCGACAGAGCUCCAUUAAGUUUUCUCACCCACUGGCCACUGUCACCGGUUUCAAUUCCCUCGGCACCAAGCAAUCCUCGUCUAUAAAUUACAGAUCCAUAGCAUUCUUUUCUGUCCUCACUUGUGCUUUCUUUCUGGUUCGUAUCUGGAUUCCAAGAAUGAGCCACUACGGUCAGCCACAAGCAGCACCACCACCACUGCCGCCGCCAGGGCAGGCUUACCUUCAGCCGUAUGCACCACCUCCUCAGCUUCAGCCUCAGCCAGGUUAUCCACCCAAGGGUGAUGCUCCAGUAGAGACUCAAAGCCGAGGGGAUGGCUUCUGGAGAGGAUGCUGUGCUGGACUCUGCUGCUGCUGCCUUCUUGAUAUGUGCUUCUGAGAACACAACUCUUCUCUACAUCCUUUUCUGCACAUUGAAGUUCUUGUUUGACUUGUGUUGCGAGAAGUUGAUUGUCUCCUGUGUGUUGGGGGCAAUCCUACUAUAUCAAUGAUCUAUUCUAAAAUAUAUGGAAAGUUGAAAGUUCUACUUGAA